UAAAGAGGAAUGAUUUCAAUAGAUUUCCAUAAUUUUCUUCAAGAAAAAAAAAAUGAAAACAACAAGUUGAGUGAUUUCCUUUUUUCCUUUUGAGUAUACAACACAGAGAAAAAUUGACAUUUUGUAAUGUAGAAUAUUCUAGAAGAACUUUGCUAUUUAGAAAAAAAAAAUUGUAUAUUUUAUUUAAUAAUUCCCUAGGUAGAGUUUUUUAUUCUCCUUUUUAUAAAACACAUAUAUUUUUCUAUUUAAUUUGCUAUUGUUCUUUUAUUUAUUAAUACUACAUUUUUUUUUUUAAUUUAAAAGAAAGUUGGGGUAGGGAAAAAUUGGUGACAUAAUAAGUUAAUAAAAAUAGCAAAAAUAGAAAAGAAUAAUAAUAAAAAAAAUAGGGACAGAGAGAGAGACAUAGAAUAGAAGGCUUAAAUGCUCAUAAAUAUUUCAAAAGAGAGAACAUAGUUGGUCUAAGUGGGGGCUCUGUGUGUGAUAUUGUGAUAAAAACAAUCCAAAACAGAGCACAAAUCCAGAGAAAGAUAAAUAGAACAAAAGGGGUUUAGACUCUACAAGUGGGAGACAGUAGUAGAGCUCUUACUUCAUACCAAAGCAGAUAAAUUUUUGUUCUUUUUACUGCUGUGCAGAAGAACAUCACAUUCAAUUCAUCCAAUCCUUUUCAAGAGAAGAGAGGAAGCAAAAAAUAUGGAGGUGGGUCAGAUGCAGAGACAGUGGGUUGACUAUACAAAGUCCUUGUUCAUGGAGAGGUAUCUGGACUCCCAGUUCUUACAGCUCCUACAGUUACAAGAUGAGAGCAACCCUGAUUUUGUUGUUGAAGUUGUGUCUCUCUUCUUUGAUGAUACUGAAAAGCUUCUUAAUGAUCUCACUGCAGCUUUAGAACAGCAAUGUGUUGACUUCAAAAGAGUUGAUGCCCAUGUUCACCAGCUCAAGGGUAGCAGCUCUAGCAUAGGUGCAGAGAGAGUUAAAAAUGGCUGUGUUGCUUUCCGCAACUUCUGCGAGGAACAGAACACCGAUGCUUGCCUUAGAUGUCUUCAACAAGUAAAACAAGAGUACUACCUUGUGAAGAACAAGCUUGAAAAUCUAUUCAGGCUGGAGCAACAAAUUGUGGCAGCUGGUGGGUCAAUUCCUAUGAUGGAAUUAGGAUUCUAAGGCUUACCAAAAACCAAAAAAACAAAGAAACAAAAAACAAAAGAAAAAUCAGACAAAACAAGAAGAUGAGGGGUGGGGUUUGUUGUAGAGAAGCAAGCAUGUUACAAGUGUUUCAGACACUUUUGUCUUUGUAUUAGUAUUCUCUAAUUAACUGAUGGUGAAUCUGUGAUUGUGUAUGAUUUUCACUGAGAAAAAGAGUUUAUAUCAAUCUAUUCUCAUUUCCUA